AUGGCCAUUCUACGCGAAAUACGGAGAAGAUGCAACUUCCAGUCAGCCCACGACCGCGUGCUCUGGGGGGCUGCGGUCAUGGGCUUCUUCUUUCUACUGAGGCGGUCGGAGUACCUCGCGGAUGGUACAAAGGUGAAGCCAUAUAUUAUUCGAGUCAACGACGUGCAAUUCCUCUCCACGCAAGGGGCCCCGGCUCGCUCAAUCGACAAGGUGGCUGCAGUCUCGAUCAAGUUCCGCGGGAGCAAGUCAGACCAAGUCGGGGCCGGGGCUACGAGAACACUACACAGAUCGGGCUCUGCAUGGCUGUGCCCAGUGCUAGCAACAUGGGAGCUAGCACAGAAUGCUCGCAUGUUCGGCAGCAAUGAAGCUCUGUGCUACCGGUACCGGCAAGGUCCUCGCCGCAAAUCGUCUGGCUGA